AUGGAUAAUUGGAAGGCUUUACCUAUUGACAAAUAUGAUGGUACCACUGAUCCUGAUGAACAUUUAGAUGUUUUUCUGACACAGGUAACUCUGAGUACGACCGAUGACGCUGCGUUGUGUCGGAUCUUUCCUACGUCCCUCAAAGGCAGAGCUCUCAGCUGGUUCACUCGUCUCCCACCCAAUUCAAUAGAUUCCUUCAACACAUUGUCAUCACAGUUCACUAUCCAAUUUGCGACGAGUCGCCCUCAUAGUCUAACGUCUUUAUCUCUGGUUAGUCUUAGACAGGACAAAAAGGAGUCUCUUCGGGCGUUUAUGGAUCGGUUCAACAAGGCUACUUUGGAAAUCAGAGAUCUCAACCCAGCUGUGGCGCUACAUCAUCUUACAACAGCGUUGAAACCAGGCCCAUUCGUCAAUAGCAUCUGUAAAAAGCCUCCUUCGGACAUGAACGACUUACGUAGGAGGGCUGAUAAGUACAUGCAGAUGGAGGAGUUGGCAGAAUUCAGAAAUCAAGCCCGAGCCGAGCAGUCCACUAAAUCCGAAAAACCGGUAGAACAAUCAUACAGGGGGCGAGGUAAAGAAAUAUCCCUUCGUGAGCGGCCUAUCCGGGGUCCGAAGUAUACUCAGUACACCCCGCUUAAUGCCAACCGCGCGGCGGUCCUCGAACAGGCUUUGAGCCGAUCAGUUAGCUCGGCUCGCUAG